GGAAGCCUCUGUAGGCAAAACCACUUCCUUUCCUCCUCCUCCUCCUCCUCCUGUUCCUUGGGAAAGCUAAGGGGGGAAUCUGGGACCAGCUCAAAUUGACUUUGAACCGGAACAUCCAGUUUUGCUCGUAAAAGAUCUGCUGGUCUGGAGACCAGGAGAAUUUUUAACGUGACUUCGCAAAGAACUUGUUGGCCUCGUGAGAAACUCAGCUCAGCGGCAAUGAAGGUAGCCUUGGAGCAAGGGCAUCUUCUGGACCCGUUUGGAGCAGCACUUCCACGCAGAGAGAAAAUGGACGCCGUGAGGAAAGGGGCAGCAAGAGGCCCUCGCUGUGUUGAGGCCGGGAGCAGUGGAGCAUUCUGGGAAAGAACCGCCCGGAGGAACCUGGCCAAGGAGAAGGGCAGCUCAGACACCGAGCGCCAACGCUUCAGGGCGUUCCGCUACCAGGAGGCCAAGCGGCCUCGGGAGGUUUGCAGCCAACUUCACAUCCUUUGCCGCCAGUGGCUCAAGCCGGAGCACCACACGACAACUCAGAUCCUGGACCUGGUGGUCCUCGAACAGUUUCUGGCUAUCCUGCCCCCGGAGAUGGAGAACUGGGUCAGAGAGAGUGGAGCAGAGACCAUUUCCCGGGCCGUGGCCCUGGCGGAAGGCUUCCUCCUGCGCCAGGAACAAGAGAAGAAGCCGGACGAGCAGCAGGUGCACGAGUCCUACCUGGAGGGUCUCGCUCAUUCCCCCAAGUCAGAGAACGAUCCGUCGAUCGCUUGCCAGAAAGCGCUCCUUGUGGGGGAAGUGAAGGAGGAGGCCGCAACUCAGCACACGGCACUGGGCAACGGAAUGACAUCGCUGAGACACCCCAAAACGUCUCCUCCUUGGGAUGGAGCGCAAACAGCGGUUGGCCAACCAGCUGAGGGUCCGGCGUCCUUUGAUGAGGUGGCUGUGGAUUUCGCUGAGGAGGAGUGGGCUCUGCCGGAUCUGGACCAAAAAGCCCUGUGCAGGGAAAUCACAGAGGAGGACUUUGGGGACUCUUUGGAUGAUGGGUGGGAUACUAAGGCUGAUGAAGGGCUGCAUGAGAAAAUCAAACUUCAGGAGAUGGAAGAGAACUUUGUGAAUCAGAAUGGACCUAAAGUUCAGGAGGGAAACCAAACAGAGAGGUGGAAAACUAAAUCCAUCACUUCCCAGGCUGGUAAUUUCCAUGAUAUUCCAAUUCAGCAAGAGAAACAGAAAGGAACGAGAAAGAAUGCGUGCUCAGCCUUUGGGAAAAGUUUCAGUCACAAGUCAGAUCUUAAUGUCCAUUGGAGAAUUCAAACAGAGGAGAAGCCAUAUAAAUGCCUGGAAUGCGGAAAGAACUUCAGCCAGAGUACACACCUUAGGUUACAUCAAAGAAUCCACACAGGGGAGAAACCAUAUAAAUGCUCUGUAUGUGGGAAAAGUUUUCACCGGAGCUUCAUCCUUACCGCCCAUCAAAGAAUGCACAAAGGAGAGAAACCCUAUAACUGUUCAGAGUGUAGCAAGAGCUUUUACGAUAGAUCACAUCUUAUUAGCCACCAAAGAACUCACACUGGGGAGAAGCCAUAUAAAUGCCUGGAGUGUGGAAAGAACUUCAGUCACAAGGUCAACCUUACCUCUCAUCAAAGGAUCCACACAGGAGAGAAGCCCUAUAACUGCUCAGAGUGUGGGAAAAGCUUUUGCGACAAACAGAACCUUCUCAGACACCAAAGAAUCCACACGGGAGAGAAACCGUACAAAUGCAUGGAGUGUGGAAAGAACUUCCGGCAACGUGCAACCCUUACUUCACAUCAGAGAGUCCACACAGGGGAGAGGCCGUACCAAUGCGCGGAGUGCGGAAAGAGCUUUUAUAGGAAAGCGGAUCUCAAUAGACAUGUAAGAACUCACAACGGGGUAGGGAGCCCCAUAAUUUCCUGGAGCGUUGAAAUGGCUUCAAAUGGCGUAUCAAUCUUAUGUCCCAACAGAGAAUUCUCACAGGACAACCAAUCUAUAACUUCUGACAUCAAGCAAGAACUGAACUGCUAAAUCAGCCCUUAUUAGUCCUCAAGGAAUU